AUCUGUAGCAAUUUACUAUGCAUUAAACACAAUGGUUUCCGAUAGUUCGUGAGGAAUUCCAUGUGAAUCACUCAAAAACGAUUGCAAUUCUUCAACGGAAGUGGGUGGUUAGUCACCCUCAAAAAGCUGUUCCGCUUUUGUAGUUGAACACACAUUUGUCUGUUGUCGGUAAUUUCGGUGUUGAUGGAUUUUUAGCGAGCACAAUCGUCCCACGUCUGAAGGUAAAAUCUACGGUCGUCGCAUCAAAGUGUACGGCACAGACAGUGCUUACCAAAUCGCAGUGAAAUCUUCGGUGUACACAAAAGGCAAUGAACUGGACUUGACAAUCGUUUCAAGUAUUUACAGGAUUUAUCAGUUUCCGUCGUCAUCAUGGCCUCAAUGCGAAGUUUAGAUGACAUCGAUCUGUCAAGUUUAAGGGAUCCAGCUGGGAUCUUCGAUUUAAUGGAAGUUGUCGGCAAUGGAACCUACGGACAAGUGUACAAGGGUCGCCAUGUCAAGACAGGUCAACUGGCUGCUAUCAAGGUCAUGGAUGUCACGGAGGAAGAGGAAGAAGAAAUAAAGCUGGAAAUAAAUGUUCUUAAAAAGUAUUCACAUCACAGGAAUAUUGCCACAUACUACGGAGCAUUCAUCAAAAAAGGUCUACGCAACACGGACGACCAGCUAUGGCUUGUGAUGGAGUUUUGCGGGGCUGGUUCAGUGACUGAUCUCGUCAAGGCCACCAAGGGGAACGCAUUGAAGGAGGAAUGGAUAGCUUACAUCUGCAGGGAGAUACUGAGGGGUCUAAGCCAUCUCCAUGCCAACCAUGUAAUCCACAGAGACAUAAAAGGACAAAAUGUGUUGCUGACAGAGGACGCUGAGGUCAAACUAGUUGACUUUGGAGUGAGUGCUCAGUUGGACAAGACUAUCGGCCGUAGAAACACCUUCAUCGGUACCCCGUAUUGGAUGGCACCGGAGGUCAUUGCGUGUGAUGAGAAUCCUGAUGCCACAUACGAUAACCGUAGCGAUCUGUGGUCGCUAGGGAUCACUGCAUUGGAGAUGGCAGAGGGACAACCACCCCUUUGUGAUAUGCACCCCAUGAGGGCGCUCUUUCUAAUCCCUAGAAACCCACCACCCAGGAUGAAGAGCAAGAAAUGGAGUAAGAAGUUCUCCAACUUUUGCGAGAAGUGUUUGGUUAAGAACUACCACGAUCGCCCCAACACACAGCAGCUCCUGAAGCACCCAUACAUCAAAGACUUGCCCAACGAGAGGCAGGUUCGAAUCCAACUCAAGGACCACAUCGAUCGCACUAAGAAGAAAAGAGGACAGGGUGUAGCUGUCCCAAUUCAUGUUGAGGAUUCAGCAACAGAUUACGAUUACAACAGUAACGAGAGUGACGAGGAUGCUGAAAUAGAAGAUGAGGGAGAACCAAGUUCAAUGUUACCGGGUCCGAGUGAGGCCACCCUACGGAAGAACUUUGCCCGCCUCCAAGCUGAGGAGGGUCGCCGGAGGGAGCCCCCUCCCUCUAGGUACAGACCCCCAGAGAAUCUCCGCCCGAUUCCCUUGCAGCAAGCACCGCCCCAAGGUAGACCGCAGCAGCCACCCCAGGGCAGACUGCCACAGCAGCAGCAGCAGGGCAGGCCGCAGCAACCACAGGGCCCACCCCAACGGCCACUCAGCAUGCAGCACCCUCCACCACAGAACAAGCAACAGGCUAGGUUAAGUCAAGCUGUUGAAGAGCACACCCCACCCCCUACGCCCAAAACGCCCGUCAGGGUUGAGGCCCCCCGGGCUCAGCAAGUAAUAACGCAACAUAUGGCCAACAGGCCUCAGGUCGCUCAAAUGAGUGAAGUACGGGCGGAGGCUUCGAGAAACGACCACGCCCAUCAUGGAAACUACCAGGGCCAGCCCAAGACCACUGCAGACUUGGAUGCUCUAGCGGCCCAGUUGAGAACGAUGGUCGGCAGUGAGGGUGGUAGUGAAGAGGGAAGUAUUGACGACGAGGACGAUGAAGAAGCUCCAAUGAUUGAGCCAGAUGGAACAGUGAUUGCCUCCUCGGUCCCCAUACCAUUGCCAGAGGACCAGUCUUACGAUGCAGAUACUUUAGCAACAUUUGUAGUUCAUGAAGAUCCUAAUGAGAGCAAUAUCAGUUCAGAGAGUACGUCAAGCUUUGCACCACAGCCGGCAGGACCCGGUAGAACACAGAUUGACGUUGGUCCAACCAGGCAGCCUACACCAGCCAGAGAUCAGGCCGGAGGCAGCGGGCUAGGUAGAUCAAACUCGGAGAGCCCACAGCAACAAAGAAGAAUUUCCAAUGACCAAUCGCGGCCCAGCAAUCUGGAGGUCGGUAGCGAUGUCUUACCUGACCUGGUCAUGCAGCAACAGAGCCCCAUCGGAGCCGGUAAAGCCCAGGCCCCUCAGGACAAAGCUUCCUCUGAUGAGGCGGAAGGGGCAGAUGACGAUGUGUUCACUGAGCAUGCCCAGAUGGGCGUCAGUGAUUCGUCAAAACAUCCUAGCUCAAUUCACGCCCAGUACCGUCUCGCAAUCAGUAAUAACCCCAAGGCACCGGCCACUACCGUCAAAUCACCCAUGCGCAAGCAGACGUCCUUCUCUGCGUUUGGUUUCGGCGCCAGCCCGACGUCGCCCAACGCGCCCGGGUUUGCACCGAUGAGACGAGGCUCCAACAUCUCGGUCAAUGUGAAGCCGACAACGCCUGACAGUCUGAACGACAUGCCGGAGAUUAGGAAGUAUAGGAAGAAGUUCAACUCAGAGAUACUCUGUGCAUCACUGUGGGGUGUGAAUCUGUUAAUAGGCACUGACAGUGGCUUAAUGCUGUUGGACAGAUCUGGUGAAGGGAAAGUAUAUCCCUUGAUAUCUCGCAAACGAUUUGAACAGAUGGACGUCUUGGAGAGUCAGAACAUACUAGUCUGCAUAUCAGGAAAGAAGUGUAAACUACGAGCCUACUACCUGUCAUGGUUGAAGCAGAAAAUUGUGAAGAAUGAUGACAAUAGCGGAGGGGGUGGAGGAACAGCAGGGCAGCAGACAAUGGACAAGCGUAAGGCUGGAUUCGUGUCCGUUGGUGAUCUAGAAGGGUGUAUUCAUUACAAAGUAGUCAAGUACGAGAAGAUUAAAUUCCUGGUUAUCGCUCUGAAGGACAGCAUUGAGAUCUACGCCUGGGCACCAAAACCUUACCACAAAUUCAUGUCUUUCAAGACAUUUUCCAGUCUGACCCAUCGACCUCAGAUAGUUGACCUGACUGUUGAGGACAACCAGAGGUUAAAGGUCAUCUAUGGGUCAUCAGCCGGGUUCCAUGCCAUUGAUCUUGACUCGGCUACAGUUCAAGAUAUCCAUCUACCCUCAUUAGAUAUCGGGACCAUCACCCCUUACUGUAUAGUGAUAUUGCCCAGUAGUCAAGGGAAGAAUCUCCUACUGUGUUAUAACAAUGAAGGUGUCUUUGUGGACACAACUGGUGCGGCAUUUAAGGAUGUCAUCCUACAAUGGGGUGAGCUGCCAACCUCAGUGGCUUACAUCAGUACAGGGCAGAUCAUGGGAUGGGGCAACAAGGCGAUAGAGAUACGCUCAGCAGAGACAGGGCACCUCGAUGGUGUCUUCAUGCACAAACAUAGUCAGCAGCUACGUUUUCUCUGUGAACGUAACGAUAAGGUCUUCUUCGCCUCAAUUCGUGCAGCCAACUCUCAAGUGUACUUCCUGACUCUGCGGGCAGGUCUAGGCAACUGGUAGAUCAAUCAAGCGACCUCCCUCUGGACAAGGGGCAACCCUUGCCCCCCCCCCCUCCCUUCCUUCCACUUUCGGGGCCUCAACUUAGUAAAGUCACUGAACAAGCCACUGAAUUCAAAUCAAAGCAUGAUCCUUCUGCUCAGUUUGGUUGCAAGGUAGAACAAGUUCGAGUGUGCACCAUGGUUAACUAAAGGUUGACUAUUUUUAGUCUAACCAAAGUUGGUCAACCAUUUGGAACCAGCCUCAUGACCAAUGUGUAAAAGUGCAGAGGGGAAACAGUGACACUAAAGUGAAAACAUUGGAAGGCAAUGUAGUGUUAAAUACCAUGGUACCGACGGUUGACUAGGCUUCCAAAGGAAUCGUUCAAGUGAGUGCGUCACUGCGCAUGUACGUUGCUGGUCAGUAGUCAACUAAUGUGCGCACUCAAACUUGCUCCUAAGCUUUGUCAUCAAAAUGCUAUUUUGUUGGCAUUUUGAAGCCCCCCCCCCCCCUUGGAGAGAAACUGAUGGAAACAUGCUAAGCGAGUUCCAUUGAUUUACAGUUGAACCUUCUUUGAUACAAGAAACUGUACUUGCAUUUUGGGCUGGUCAUCUGAAUGUACAUAUGAACAGAAAACGUCUUGAUGCAAGACUAGCUCAAUCAUUUAAAGUACAUACGCAGUACACUUAGAUGUACAUGUACAACAUUGGAUAGUCUAGAGCAGUGGUUUGGAAAAGGCCAAUUCCCCCAAAAUAGUAUUGUGUCUUGAUGCAAGACUAGCGAAUACAUUUAUUUAUGUACAAUGUAUACUCUAGAGCAGUGGUUUGGGGAAAAGGCCAAGGCCCUGUGUUGACCAAUUUACCUUGGUCCAAUUUCAUAAAGAUAUAAGCAGAAAAUACUGUUGGACACCAGUCACAACAAUGUUAACUUUAUGGAAUUUUGGCUACUAACCAGUUUCUGUUAAGCCAGAAUUUUCUGUGCUUAGCAAGUUUCUAUGCUCCCAGCCUUUAUGAAAGUUUGGCCUAGACAUCAUCAUCACAAUAAACUUGAUUGUGCCAUGCUGUCUAUCAAUGUUCCUUUGUGUUACACAGUGUAGUGCAAAUUUUAGGGCAACACACUUACUCAACUCCUGAAAUGGUGUGUGUGGCAAGGGUUAGUAGACCGUUUUUUUUUUUGGAAAAGGAGAAGGUCCUGGAUCAAAGGGUGUUCAUUUUGAAAUUUGGUUGAACACAAAUCUAUGAAGUUCAGAAUGAGGCCCAUUGUUGAUGCCGCAGUAGUCUGGUACCACCUUAUAAUGUCAUCACAUCAUAACCAGCACAAAUACUUGUUAUUUCCUCAGGGGACAAGACUUAAUAAUGGCUGUACAUAUCAAGAGGUUGGCAAACAAAAAAUAAUAAUAUUCAAUAGUGAUGAAAGAAAAUUAAGGAUGAAGGAGGUAUUUAAUGGUUAUUCGCUUGCUUUUAAACGGAAACAAAUUCAGAGGAAUUCUCACAAGUUAUUCUGAAGAAAAUUGUGGAGGGUUUGGUUGAGGCGAAACAGUUUAAGACAAAAUGGGUGCUGCAAUUGUUUUUUUGACUAAUUUAACUUUAUUUUUUAAAGACUUCGAAGCCUUUCUGUGUUUUUUUAACAAUUGUUUUUACAUUCUUCAAUGUAAAUAUCAUAACCGAAAUAACUCAAUUGUUUUAAAGAAGAUACUGACUCCAUUUUGACAAGUUGUGUUUUUAAAUAAUGAAGUCAAAAAUGUUACUUUUGAAGUCGACUCGUUACAAUUGUUGGGUUGGAGCAUAAUGAUCUUUAGUGCAUUGUCCUGGGGCAAGUUUCAUAGCGCUGCUUAAUGGUAAGCAAAUUGUUUUGCUAACUUUAGCUGGAAAAAUUGCUUAAGCAUAAGCAUGUUUCACAGGUUAGCAACAAUAUUUGGUGGCCACAGUGCAUGUGUAUCGUUACGUCAUUCAUUUUCGUACAGUAAGCUUAUGCUAAGCAGCGAAAUGAAAUGAAAACAAGGUAACCACAAAGUCGGCCGUUAAGCAGCUCUAUGAAAUUGGGCCUAGGACCCUACUAUGUACACACACGCACUUGCUUAGUGUAAUUAAGGUAAGAUAGAUGUUAAAUGUUUAUAAAUAUGUAUAGUGUAUCCUAUGACACAGUAAUGCGUGAAUUUUAUUGUGUCUUUUUAUUUGCUUUUAUUUUUCAAAUUAUGCUUCCUGUCUUUCAAAAACCUUUUUGUUUCUCGACGUCUCCACAUGAAAAGAAAAUGUGAAGCUGGAAGUAACGUUUUUCAUCUCUUUUACAAUCUGUUACCAACGACGUAAUUUUUGUCCGUCGCACUAAAACACAUUCAUAAUUUAUUUCGUAAGCAGUUACCGUUUGUAAUAAUGAU